AAUGAUUUUAAUCAAGACCAUCUUUCAAAUGUUUAUGUGAUUUGCACAUAGAAGUCAAGUAAAAACCUACAUGUAAAAUAACUAUGUGUUUUUUCAGAUAGAUUUUAAAUGAUUUCUGUGUUCAGUGCAGAGCUACUUUCAGUACCGAACACUGAUCUAUGAAACAGACAAGGGUGAAUGACAACUACGACUGACGUUCCUCGGCCCGAUGAUGUGGAACGCAGUGUACGAUGGAGUAUUGAAGCUGAACCUUCUCAGAGAUGUAACGAUUUUCGGUUUCGCGGAUAAUGUUGUAACGAUGUUACAGAUAGAGCCUGUUGAAUGGCUGAAGUUGCUCGAUCACGCUAAUGUGUAAAGCAGCAAUAUUUAGCCCUUGUGUGACGGUAGCGCUAUAUGCGACUAAUAGUCGAACUAUUGCACCUCUUAGUCGCGAGAAAAAAAUGCAUCAGGUGGUACUCAUGGUCAUAUCUUUAAAAAAAUCUUUGGACAUGAUGAGUCCGCGAAUUGGUGUUGGUGGGAAUGCGAAUAGUUGAUGGGUGAAAUAGGAAAAGAUUUCUAUGGUCGGAAUAGCUAUUCUUUCUCGAUUCGUUCGGCGUACCAGUAAGACGGCUUUAAGCUGCGAAAAAAGUGAAGUUAGGAGAAGCUAUCGGUUAGAAGUAACGGAAUACCGUUCGAAUUCGUUACAUCGAGAAAAAGAGAAAAAAAAGUGGAAGUUAACAGGCCCAUGUGCGGGAUAGUGUAGCUCCUUUUAUGAAAUCCUACACAGUGUUAAGGACCGCCAAUUAAGUCCAGCACUUAAUAGCAAUUUUUCUCGAGGUUCAGGAUCCUUCAAGCGAAGGUGUUCCGUCCGGGUGCUAUAGCAUCCAAGCAGGAGUAGGGGAUAGCGACCAGCCACGCUGUCUCUGGAGACGUUCCCGAAGCCUGCCGGCUUGUAGCCUAGCUCGCCGUCGGGCCAGUGUUCGACUCCCUCGCCCUGCGGGCCACCCAAAGAAGAACCACGCCUUUGGAGCUGAUUCACCGGCCACCACAAGUCGGGCAUCAGCCACAUAGCCUCGAAGCAACACCCUCUAGAGAGGCAGGAAUCAAGCGUCGUGAUCACGAUCAGCCGAUUGAGCCGCCGGCACGGAAUGAUAAGUCGGUAUUUUCGCCGCCGCUCAGCAUAGCAGUUAGUCGAGACACUGACAGCAUCGGUGUCAAUGUGGUAACAACGAUUACAGCCGCCUCGCCUCAACUCUGAAGGAAAUCACCGUGGACGAAUAAGGUCAGAUCUGAACAUUGUAAAAACUUUUGUAAAUAUAGCAGUAAGAAAUAUCAAUGGUGUUGUUAGAAUACGUUUAGUGCCAUAGAGAAGUUUAAAAUCCAAGCGCUUGGAAAUAGAUAGUGGUAUAGGUCGGUUUAGUAGAGUUCUACGGGUAGAACAGUGAUCGAUGUUAACCCCUUCAAGCCCAAAUACAGUUUUAUGGUAUUACCGAGAAGAAAGAGAGAGUAGUUAUUUGGUGGGGUGUAAAUCGAUUCAUGAUUACCGUCUUCCAAGGUUUUUUUUCACGAUAUUGGUGUUGGGUGUCAGCUGAUGUGUUCGCGGAGUAACUAGGGAAGUAAUUCGGGGUAUUUGAUGGACUCGCCCUGAGUCUCGCCGGGCAAACGAAAUCUUGCUGCUUCACAUACAAUUGGGAUUCAUCCCGUUGUUUGGCGCGAAGUGAAGGCAGUUUCAACCCCUGAAACACGGUUCCUUUAGUGACCUGUUACAAUGUGAUGUUCCAAGUAAUCGGAGAAUCACUAGAAGAGCUGGAGGCACUCGCCACGGAGACGAUUGCCCAUCAUAAAACAGAGUUGGUGUUUGUGAAUGUCCGAACUGUUUUCUAGAACGGAAUCGCGUAUUACCUGUAGGACAGUUGAAACCUGAAAGAGGUAGAGUCAAAGAUUGCUUGGAUUAACUACAUAUGUUGUCAUUUACGAUGAGUGCUAGUGCACAGUGUGAUUCCGUACACUAAGGCAAAACUCAUAGCGAAAUUCAUAAGAUUUAUCGUAUGAUGAAUAGAAAAGUAACAAAACUAUUUUUUCAUAAGAUUAAUAUGCAAAUACGACUUAACAUUUUAUAAGUUAUUGCAUAUGCCAGUAGUACGAAUUUCAUACGAGCAUUUUAUGAUUCUAAUAAAUAUAAGAGAAAUGUAUAAUAUUGUCUUAUGAUAAUUCAAAGAUACCCUAUGGAACAUGUAAUCAUAGCAAACCGAUUUAACAAAAUAAAUGCCGUUUCAUAAGAUAAUCUUAUGAUUUACAUACGUGCUACUUGUGGCUAAAAAUUAUACGAUAUUCCUAUGAAAUUCGCUGUAUUUUUUGCCUGAGUGUAGAUGUCCGGUAUGGAAUGCAUUGUAUAUUUAGAGCUCUUAAGUAACCCACCAGGUGUUGACUAGGAGCCGAAAGACAGCAACAGGCGAAAAUCGCGGUCGGAGAACAUAUCAUCGACUCGAGCUUUUAAAGUCAUGACGAUUAUGCUAAGGGAAGACUAUGAGAGUAACCACAGCUUUGGUUGAGGCGCUAGUAUACCGGGCACCACAAACCAUCUGGAAUCGCCGGACCGAAGCCCGUGAGCAGACUAGUUACACCGUCAGGAACUAGAUCGAGUGAAGCGCCAGCGGUUGGUCGUCGAGUUUUCAGCGAACCGGAAGCAGCGAACCAGAAGCUACGCUUCAUCCGGUAUCGCCGAACCAACAUCGCCAAGUACCGGUUGGCCAUUUCAGUAGCAUUUAUGGACUAUCCGAGUAGAUUGCGACAAAACUAGGAGCUAAAUGACUCACGCAACGGGCAUCGGUAUCGGGAGAAAUUCCGCCGCCGAGAAAUAAAUGACUCACUGAGAUGACUCGCGUAAACAGGAACUAAAUGGCUCACAGAAACGGGAGCCAAAUGGCUCACAGAAACGGGAGCCAAAUGGCUCACGGAAGUUCCCAACUGCGAUUAACCGAAUAGGUGUUCGGAGCUAAACGGCUCGAAUGUAUGCUCUAUUGUAUCAUUUUGUCAUAAUUUGUCCUGGACAAUAUAUAAUCAUUUUUAUACAAAGACAUACCUUAAGUACCACCAUUAAAGCUGAAAUAGAUUGUUAAAAUCAUGUAAAUGGAACAAGCGAAAUGGAAAUUUCAACAAAAGAACAUUCUAUUCGAAAUAUCUCGUGAUUUCGAUCUUGUACAGGGUAUCUAUCUUCGGAAAACCUGUUCGGAAGAUCAAGAGCUGUGAAAGACCAAAUAGUUUUCGACUCUACCACUAGAUAGUGCCAGUGAUCAUGCUAUUUUUUGAGUUCACUGUAUCUCAAGACCGAAUCAGUCUCCCCACGCUUUGAUGCAGUCUCGUGGGGCAGAAGGAAGGAAGAAAAUUAAGGACUGUUUUAAGUGGUUAUGCACGAAAGUGAGUCACAGCCAUUGUCAAUGCACUUUUGAAACUUUUCAACUUUACUAUAAUAAACACACUUAUAGACAUUUUCACAUCGACGAACUGAAUCUAGUGAUACAUGACACUCGACACUCCGGGUCUUGACAAGUCGAGUUUCAGAGUAAUUGCAUUCCUUAUAUGAAAAAGACAAAUAUGAACUGAUGAUUCCUAUACGUUUCAUAAAUCCAUACGACUGCACAACAAGAUGGGGGAAAAUGUAAGUAUUUUGAAGAUGUACACGGAACAGAGCCAAAUCACUAUCAUAUACCACAAAACAAAUCUACAAAUUUUCAAACAGAAGCAAUAAACCAAAUCUGCCGUUUCCACUAGAGCUCGAAAAAUUUAUGCACAGAAUGUACGUUCGCCAGUCCAUAUGUAAAAUGCUACAAUCCUGUUUCUGUACAUUGUUAUCAAGCAGGGUCAUCUUUGACCAAUUUUCAUGCUUUUUGUGUAAAGUCGGUCCAUGUGCCACAACAACGGUACGAAAGCUAUCCAAGCAACCAAAAGUUCGAAUAAUAUCUAAAAGUACUCCUUAAUGUUCAUAUUAAGUUAUUAGUGAUCAUUCAAGCUUUUAUUGGGAAUUUAGAAACAGACUAAACCGCUAUUAGAAAUUGUACUGUUCGGAAAAUUAUUUAAAACGAAAAACUUAACCAUCCCUUUCUUAUAUGAACUUUCGAUCGAUUCAAUAAAGUUUGCUUGAAUUGCUUUAGUAAAACAACCCCGCUAUCCGAAAACACCCUGCGGAAACGUCCACGAGAACGAUCGCAGGAAAAUGUAAAAUGAAAAAAAAAAACUUUUUUUGUUUUAAUAAAAAUAAAUAUUUAUUUUUUGUUUGCCACCCCCUUCAGAAAAAAAUUGUACUUGAACAUAAUUUUUAAAAAAGAUUUGUAAUGACCUUAUUUGUCUUUGAUUGAAGCAUAAACGAAUCUGAAAUGUGUAGGGCUACGAAGUAAAAAGGUUGAGAAUCGCUGCGUUACGAUAAGCAAGUAUCGUACAAUUUGUUGCAUGCAAGCUCCGCUUGAUAACAAUAAUAUUCUCGCAUACAAGCUUGUUCAGUUCGUACGCGUGACGCAUGGAGAAAGCAGCUAUCUAACAUCCACCAGCGCAAAACCAUCAGCAUACCAUAGAUGCUGCACCACGAGCUCAAUUUUAAAUGGUUAAAAAAAUAUUGAUGAGUAAUAAAGAAAACAAUUCACAUAUACAUUAAAAUUAACUUUUUAUUGUCGAUCAAUCAAAUAAAUGCACUUUGUAUUCUGCUUUUAUAUGGGUUAUUGUAUUUUAAUUACUAUAGCUCUGAAAACACGAUACAUUGGAAAAUAUUUUGGGAAUGAUUACAGCAACUGAUCUACUCAAGGCAAACCGGUACACGAUCAUUGGCGUAGCGUCGUCGUACUGAAGAGUGUACGACAUGUAGUGCUACGCAUCGUUUUGCCAAAUUACGGGGUAAUAAUUAUUCUACAUAGUCUUGAGAACGGCUGUAGUACAUUCACAUUCAGUGGAUCAGUGAUGGUCGCCGAAAAGGAGGCUCCGAAAAGUGAUAAUGAGAAGCACUAUCUGCACAAUUUGUUGACCGACGGAGUGACAACACCGGUCGAUAGCGAUGUUGAUGCGUACGAGCUGGAGCUACCACCGUGGUACGACGAUGCCAAAUUUAAGAAAGCACAGAGAUAUUUCAAGCGCAAUUUCUUUGCAAUGUUCGUUGCGAAAAUGUGCGGUUUACUGGUUAUCUUGGCGAUCCCUAGCAUUCUGGAUGUCCUAGUCUAUACCAAACAGUCAUCUACGGCUGUAACCGCGUAUCGUCGCUAUGUCGCGACCAUUAUGCACGUGCUCAACUGGUACUACGAGGAUCUGGUGCCGGAUUCGCCCUCCUGGAAAUCCAUUGCCUACGUUCGAAGAGCACAUAUAUCAACCAGCAAAAGAAGUAAUUCCAAACUGGCAGGCAGGAUCAUCUCCCAGAAGGAUAUGGCCGUGACUCAGUUCGGUUUCGUGGGAUACAUUGUGUUGGGUUACAAGAAAUUAGGAAUCGCGUACCGAACGGAGGAUAUGGAAGCGAUUGUUCAUUUCUGGCGAGUCAUCGGUUAUAUGAUUGGUAUUCAAGACCGAUACAAUUUAUGCACGGAUCGUUUAAGCACAACCGAACAACGUAUGACGCAAAUUCAAGAACAGGUUCUUCGACCAGCUUUAGUUGCUCGAAAGGAGACUUUUGAGGAGAUGGGAAAUGCGUUGAUAGAUGGACUGUGGUGCUUCAAUCCCUUCUUAGACUAUGAUGCUUUUUUGUUUCUCACGUCACGCCUGACGGACGUCCCUGGAUAUCACUAUUGGAAGGAAGAGCAUCCGUCGCCUGGCUGUGAAACUAUAUAUACAAAGUUCACCAGAUACAGCCGCUUUGUAUUGUACUUUUUGUUGCUUGUUCAUGAAACACUACUCAAUUUUAUUGCGUUUAGGUGGUACUUCAAUAGUCAGAUGGUACUUUCAAGAUUUCUUAUAACUUAUUUUCCAUUUUUGGCAAUCUUCAAAUUCGGCGUGCGAGAUGCCUAUGUUAGAAUAUUAAAAUAA